CUGUAUCUAUGCUUUAUUGAAUACUACUCAAUAAUUCGUUUAUAAAUUGAUCUACAUCUCCAAACAAUGUGUUACAUUUUUCUUUAUAAUUUUUAUCUCUCACUAGUUAUCAUAGAAAGCUUCAAAGGGAGAAAUAAAUGGCAGAUUGGGCUCCAAUUGUUAUAGGCUUGAUCUUGUUUGUGUUAUUUUCACCUGGAUUACUAUUUCAGCUACCUGGCAAAGGCAGGGUGGUGGAAUUUGUCAAUUUCCAAACAAGUGCCAUUUCCAUUUUUGUUCAUUCCCUUCUCUUCUUUGGCUUUAUGGUUAUCUUUCUUGUUGCCAUUAAUGUUCAUAUCAAUAGUGGUUAAGUGAUCAUCCACCUAUGGUUUUGAUUUGAGGUCUCUAAGACGAUAUAUAAAAGAUUUUGAGGUCUCUGGAACAAUAUAAUAACCUCAAUUUCGACUAUAUCAAUCACGUUUUUCUGCAAUAUAAAAGUUCGCAGCGUAACUACAAAUGCUAUUCAAAACCAUGCAUCCACCUACAUACACUACCUGUCUUAGGAAAUUUAGUUAUAUUCAAAUUUAUACAUCUUUCAGUUAUACACACUUUUAAUGUUAUAGAAGUGAGCAUUUUUGU